GCAGCCUUCUGGGCACAUCAUAGAACUUUCGAGACCUAUGUUGCUGGCCCUCCAGAAUCCAGAACAUGGCAGAUGGGGCACAGGCCAACCCCAAAGGGUUCAGGAAGAAGGUGCUGGUUAGAUGCUCCUCUGCAUGGAAAGGCCCAAGCCUCAGAGCCUCUUGUUCUUCGAAAAUCUCCAGGUCUAGCCUGGGUACGAAGUUCUUCGCCAUCGCCAUCCUGGCUGGCAGCGUUCUGGCUACUGCCCACGGCAGUCUGUUCAACCUGAAAGCCAUGGUGGAGGCCAUCACAGGAAAGAGCGCCAUCCUGUCCUUCGUGGGCUACGGCUGCUACUGCGGGCUGGGGGGGCGUGGCCAGCCCGUGGAUGGGGUGGACUGGUGCUGCCAUGCCCACGACUGUUGCUACCAGAAGCUCUUUGACCGGAACUGCCACCCCUAUGUGGAUCACUACAACUACACCAUCGAGAACAACACCAAGAUCAUCUGCAGUGACCUCAACACGACAGAGUGUGACAAGCAGACGUGCGAGUGUGACAAGAGCCUGGUCCUGUGCCUCAAGCGCCAGGAGUACAGGGAGGAGUACCGUGCCUAUCUCAACGUCUACUGCAGGGGCUGCACACCCAACUGCAGCAUCUAUGAGCCGCCCCUGGAGGAUGAUGCCUGCAGACACACCUCUCCCCCUACCCCUCCCUAG